AUGAAGGUAUCAGAAGAGGAAGAAGAAGUCGGUGGAUACACAUCACCACUCAUGUCACCACACUUUGCCACGUCCACGUCUUCUUCGGAGGAGCCAUCUGAAGGUGUUGAGAAGAAGAAGAGGAUGAGGAUAGAGGAGGAAGGACCGCCCGUCAUUUCGAGUGUCGAGGACUUGUUGAAGACGACGACAGCAUGGCGUCCCUACCCGCUCUUCAUCAUAUUCUCCAUGUCAUUCCUCUGGUCUCUAUGUGCUCUCAGUGCAAUAUCCCCGGCAUUCACCGCACCAGCCGCCGAUGACUGCACAGAGAACUGCUCAUUCUACACAAUUCAACACGAGUUCAACCUGACCGCCUCGUUCUUCCUCCUGGAACCCGCCGAGUUGACGACGUCGAUCUACUUUUUGGGAAAUCUUCUCAUCGGGCAGCUGUUCGCAGUGUUGGCUGAUCGAUUCGGGCGGCGUCCCAUCAUCAUUUUCUCCCUGUUGCUCACUGGAAUUGCUGGCUCACUCGGAUCAUUGGCUCCCAACUUUCCGUUAUUGGUUGUGGCUAGAUUUGUGCAGGGAUCUUGUUAUACGCCACUCACCACUGUCAACUACGUCCUAAGCGGCGAGUCAAUCCCCCACCGAUCUCAGUCCCUUACCUCGAUAUUCUUUGGUGUCUCAUGGGUGUGUGGAUACUGUUUCCUGGCUCCACUAUCCGUAUGGUUUCCCACGUGGAGAAGUCUCCAGUUUGCAACUUCCAUUCCUAAUAUUAUUGUUGCAGUGUUCCUGAUGAUAACUCUGCCCGAAAGUCUCGGCUGGUCAGUUGAGAAAAAUCAUCGGAAAUCUGUGCAGGCAUGGAUUCAGAAAAAUGAGAUGUUCUCGUGCCGAAAACUCAACUACAAUCUAGACGCCAUUAUGGAUAACAAGGAGGAGAAUGAGCAGCAGCAACGGCUAACAAUCUUCCAAAUGUUCCGUGAAAUCCUGUCUGAUCGAUCGAUAACUCGACGAAUGAUUGUGGAGACGUUCCUCUGGAUCCUGACAUUCAUGACGUAUUGUGCGUUGUCACUGACGUCCACAUCGGUUGGCAAUUCGGAUCCGCUCGUUUCGUUCUUGUUUUCGGGGAUUGUCGAGUUGCCGGCGUAUCUGUUCAUUCCGAUAUGUCUGAAGUGGACAAAACGCCGGCCGACUCGAUUCGUGUGUCACUUCACCGGAUCCAUCGCUCUCCUCACCAUGUACUUCCUCUCCUACGACACGUCUCUCCAUCUGGUCAUCUGGCUCAUCGCCAAAUUCUGUGCCGCGUGUUGUUACAUCUUUUGCUUCAUCUACGCCGCCGAACUGUUUCCCACAUUCUGUCGUUCGUGUUGCAUUGGUGUGUGCUCCACGUGCUGUAACAUCGGAGCCAUCGUCGCCCCACACAUUUUCGCCAUCGACUCCGUCGCCCCAGGUGCACAAUUCUUGGUGUUAGCUGGUGUCGGGGUGGUUUGCUCGGUGUUGACAUGGUUCCAGCAAGAGACGAAAGUCUAA